AUGUUCGGCGGCUUCCUCGUCUUCAACGCUGACACCGGUGCUCCUGUCUAUCAUCGACGUUUUCAUUCAGGAUUUGGCCUUCCCAUCGCAGAGCAACAGCCAUCUCUAGCUGACCCCGUUGGCUUGGCUCUGCAGCUCUUUGCCUUUAGCCGCUUCUCAGACGGUCUGCCCAGUGCUCCGCGGCUGCAGUCGCUGCGUUUCGGCCGGGCAGGGACAGUGGGGAGCAUAUUCUUGGCUUCCACAUCACUGCCGGACCCGAUCGUGAAGGACGCAACAUUGCGCCUUACUCUAGUGGUCUUCGGGGAUUUGAAUCCAUCUCUUGGAUCUCGUCUUUCACAAAGCCUGCUGGCAGACUUUGCCGAGGAGAAUGUGACUUCGAUCCAAGUCUUGCACCCCGAGCAAAACCACGAGCCCUCGCAUCACAAGACGACAUGGCACUUCCAUUCACUGGAUUCGUCCCUGGAGUCUGUAGUCGAUUGGCUUGCUGACGAUGUGGCAAGGGCCUUGCGGCAGUUCCCUCCCUGGGUGUGUGUUCUUCGAUUUGAUCAGGAGAAGGCCAAGGGCAAGCUCAACAUCGGUCAUGUCGAAGUUGGGACGCCUCGACCGCCUGCAGAGCCACCAGCUAGUGCACGCGGGCGACCGAAGUCCUUUGCUCGUCGCAUCAUGCAUCAGUUUCAAGGACUUGCAGCUGCGGCGAUGGGUACACCGAGAGCAUCCUCUGUAGAUGCCAAACCCAACAAGCCUGGCGAAGCAGGCGACGCUGCUCGUGGGCAACCUGCCAAGUGGCUUGGCCGGGGCUCCCCACAGCAGCCCAUGGACAAGGAAUACUUUGCCCUGACCGCGUUCAUGUACGAGGGGCCAGAGGGUUGUGCCACGCAGCCUCUCCCAGCCAAGACAUCUGAGCCAGUGCUGGAUGCUGCAAAAUGCCUACUUACACCUUCAUUGACUGGCUCUGGAUGGACUCUGCUGGAGUUGGGGUCAGGGAGCUGGUUUAGGCAUGCCUCGCAGUGUCACUUCUCUCUGGCCCUGACUGCUGGGGGACGAUCACACGUCUUGAUUCCCUUUAGUGCGGUUUAUGAAGGCACAGACGAAGCCUUGAAAUCUUUGAACCAAGCCGCGCUGCAUGAGAUCUGCAAUGGAGUCCGUAGGAAACUGGAUUCAGAAGUCCAGACCCUCCUCCAGUGGAUUGACUCCCCAGCUGGGUCUACCGCUUGUGGAGUUCCCGGCGCUUCUCAGAAAGCCCAACCGCACAAGAGGCCGUGA